UAACCAUAACCACUCCAUGAGUCCUGCACCUCUCUAGGAUUAAAUAGAGAGAGAGAGAGAGAGAGAGUGAAACAAAGAGGGAGAGCAAAAGAGAGAUAUGCUGAGCGCAUGAAGGUGACUGGAAAGCAAGUGAAUUCAUCAAAUUUAAAGGGAGAAUAUAGUUAACUGUGCAAACUUGGACUGGAAACACUGGCAGACGAGCUCAUCUGAAGCACUCUGGUGUGGGAGAUCUAAAGUACUUUUGGUAGACUUAAAAUAUAUCAUCUGGCUGAUAAAAUCCCAGCACAAGUAAACAUGGUGGUGGACCUUGAGGGGAUUAUCCGCUGCAUCAAGCAGGGGGAUGAGAACGGUGUUCAGUCACAGCUGCAGGAGUUCAACAAAGAGUACGCACAGUGUUUCUUCUUUGAUGCAGAGGAGAGGGAGCGAAGAAGAAAAAGAAAACUAGAAGAGUUCAGGAAGAACAAAGUGAGGGAGUACACUGAUUCUGACUCGGACUGUGACGAGUAUGACCAGGAGAAUCGAGACCUUAUCCUCAGACAGAAUUUAGCUGUUGUCCUUGUGAGGUUCAUCAGUACAGGAGUUAAAUGUCACGUGUUGAGAUUAUGUCUGCGCUCCCUGAGGAUCCUCUCCAGAGACAAGAAGGUCCUCGGCCCCCUGGUCACCGACAGCGCUCUCAUCACUCUGGCCAGAGUAGCCGGCCUGACUACAGGUGAUGCAUGUGAUGAAGGCGGGGACCCUGACUCGGAUUUCUAUGACAACAUCAUCGCUUCUGUCUCUGAGGCCAGAGUUCUGCAGAGUUGCUCUGUAGAGGACGGAGAUAAUGUUGAAGCCAGUGACCAAAACGAAGAGUGCUCGGCUUUCGAUGAGGACGCCAAGAGUGACAUAAGCAUCGCCAACAGCGGUGACCUGGACAGCAUCAGCUGGUGCGGGAGCCACCGGCCCAGCAUCAACGAAAUGCACCGAGCCGGAGACCACCACAAGGUGCUGGAGCGUGGGAGGAGGGACCGCAGGGAGAGCCAGAUGGAUGGGGAGGGAGAAGAGGAGGAAGGGCAGUUGGGAGAGGAUUUGCAGAGAAAGGAGGCCAUGAAGGUGUUGUGUAAUGUGGUAUACAACAGUACCUGGGCACAGGAGCGGUUCAGUGCUCUCAGGCUCUUGUGUGGCCUCACAGAGCGCCUGUCCUCCAGUAGGAGCUCCUCAUCUCCGUCCAGUGGUCAGUUUUAUGAACUACGCCUCAUGUUUCUCAUGACGGCACUUCGGCCAGAGCUCAGGACUCAGCUUCAACAGGAGGGCGGCGUGUCCAUCCUCACUGCAGCCAUGGAGAGCAGCCUGGAGGUUCAGUGGAAGGACCAGUAUGAGUGUGUGUCGAGCCCAGCAGAAGCUGCAGCACCCAUCUCACUUGAAGCCUCUCAGCGUGUCAUAGAGAUCCUAAAAAUCCUCUUCAACAUCACCUACAGCAUGCACAGGCAGGAGCCAAAUGAGGAAGAUGCAGCUCUUUACCGACACCUGGUGGCGAUCCUGCGUCUUUGCCUGACGAGGAAGUGCACGCUUUCAGAUGACACAGACGAACUGCAGGGUCACACAGUCAACCUGCUGUCAGCGCUGCCUCUGCAGUGUCUUGAUGUGCUGCUGGUGGCUCCUGUGCAGGGAGACUCCCAGCCGAGUCAGGGCGUCAACAUGGACUGUGUCCACAUCCUCCUGCUGUUCAUGGAGAGGCGCCUCGAGUCGGGUGACAAGAUCAAAGAAAAACUGACUCCGGUCCUCAACCUGCUGACAGAGAGCUGCAGGGCCCACAGAGAAACACGCCAUUACGUCAGGAAACAUAUCCUGCCCCCUCUGAGAGACGUGUCACACCGGCCAGAGGAAGGCUCCACAGUGAAGAAUCGUCUGAUCCGUCUCAUGACUCAUCUGGACACAGACCUCAAACACUGCGCAGCUGACCUCAUAUUUGUCCUCUGCAAGGAAAAUGUUAGACGUUUUGUCAAGUACACAGGCUACGGUAAUGCAGCAGGCCUGCUGGCCACCAGGGGUUUGCUGGGCGGCCAGACAUCCAGGACCCUAAGCUCUGACACCCAGUACUCGAGCGACUCGGACUCGGACACAGAGGAGUACCGGCAGGUCAAAGAUCGCGUCAACCCGGUGACGGGGCGAGUGGAGGCAGUGCAGCCGGACCCCAUGGAGGGCAUGACGGAGGAUGAGAAAGAGGAGGAGGCCAAGAGGCUGAUCAUGCUCUUCAACAAGCUUUCCAGAGACAAGAUAAUUCAGCCAAUGGGAGUGAACUCAGAGGGGAGGCUCAUCCCAAUGUCGGGGCUCAGGGAGAACUCCCUCAUUGAAGAGGGGGAGUCCGGGUCAGAGAAUGACGGAGGAGGAAAGGAAGGAGAGAAGAACUGAAACAUGGCAAAUAGUCAACUAAUAGUAAUUCUUUGUAAAUAUGCAAGCUUGCCCAAGCAUUACAAUAUUUGUUUAAAUGAUUGGAAAAACAUGACAUCAAAGUGACAUUGAACUCACUCAGAUACAGCGAGCCAUCAUGAAACUAAAUGAACUCAACAAAGGUUAUAAAAAGUGAUUCUUUAUU